GAGAUGAAGAAGGGUGCAGAAAUCAUCGUCUGUACGCCUGGCCGCAUGAUCGGUUUGUUGACUGCCAACUCGAGCCGUGUCACUAACCUCAAGCGUGUUGCGUACCUCGUCCUCGACGAAGCCGACCGGAUGUUCGACAUGGGCUUCGAACCUCAGGUCAUGAAGAUCGUCAGCAACAUCCGUCCCGACCGGCAGACCGUCCUCUUCUCCGCGACCUUCCCGAAGCAGAUGGAUUCGUUGGCAGGCAGGAUCCUGUGGAAGCCGCUCGAGAUCACGGUCGGUGGCCGGUCUGUUGUUGCUCCCGAGAUCGAUCAGGUCGUUGAGAUC